GAGAAAGAGCUUUCUUUUCUUUCUAUCUAGUCUUCUUCUCUUCUAGGCCCAUUCUUCCAUUUAAAAUUCUCUCUUCUCUCCACUCGAGUGGGUUUGGAAAGCAAAUUCACAAAUGGGUUUUGGGAUUCAGAGGGAUCCCUCUGUUUUCAAGGUCUCUCUUCUUCUUCGUCUUCUAGUUUUGUUCCUUCUUCAACAUGGCCUAACCGAAGCCAAAAAAAGAAGAAACCAGAGUAGUGGUAACAGUAGCAGUAACCAGUGUGAUUUCUACAAAGGGAGUUGGGUUUUGGACCAGUCUUACCCUCUCUACGACCCGUCUGUGUGCCCAUUCAUCGAGCACGAGUUCACCUGCCGGAGGAAUGGCCGUCCUGAUCUGAUUUACACCAAGUUCAAAUGGCAGCCACAAGGCUGCUCCUUGGUAAGAUUUGAUGGAAAUGAUUUCUUGGAGAGGUUAAGAGGGAAGAGCAUUAUGUUUGUUGGAGAUUCUCUAAGCCGAAACCAAUGGCAGUCACUCACGUGCUUGCUCUACUCUGCUGUACCUUAUGCCGAAUACACCAUUACCAGAGUUGAUGAUGUGUCCACUUUUGAGAUUGUAGAUUAUGGAGUCAAAGUCAUGCUUGACCGAAAUGUUUACUUGGUUGAUGUUGUGAGAGAGAGCAUUGGUAGAGUAUUGAAAUUGGAUUCAAUUGAGGGAAGCAAGCUAUGGCUGGGAAUUGACAUGCUUAUUUUCAACACAUGGCAUUGGUGGAACCGUAGGGGUCCCAGCCAACCGUGGGAUUUCAUUCAAGUAGGGCAGCAGGUCAGUAAAGACAUGGAUCGUAUGCUUGCUUUCCAGAGAGCACUGUCCACAUGGGCAGGGUGGGUUGAUGCAAAAGUUGAUUUUACAAAAACUAAGGUUUUCUUUCAAGGAAUUUCUCCAUCUCAUUACAAUGGCACACUUUGGGACGAGCCAAGGGCAAGGAGCUGCAAAGGGCAGUCACUGCCGGUGAGGGGUUCAACUUACCCCGGCGGUCUGCCACCGGCUUUGUUUGUGGUAAAAGACGUGUUGAGCAGAAUGAGGAAGCCUGUGACGCUGCUCGACAUCACCAACCUGUCACUCUUACGUAAAGAUGGACAUCCUUCGAUCUAUGGCUACGGAGGGCCCACUGCCAUGGACUGUAGCCAUUGGUGUCUCGCUGGAGUCCCAGAUACGUGGAAUGAGAUUCUUUACAAUUUGAUUCUUUGAAAUAAUAAUAAUAAUAAAAAAAAGAAUACAUAAAUUUGUCAUUAAUCAAUAAUAAUAAUAAUAAUGACGAUGUCCUUAUUGUAAGCAUAUAAUACAUAUAUAAUGAAAAAUAACAUAUACUUAUCUUAUGA